AUGUCUGAAAAUUAUUUUUACCUUAACCGCAACCAACCAAGCAAUGUAUUGUAUUUUAAAGAAUGGUUGCCAAAUGUCUAUCUACCGAACGUUAAGACUUUGAAAAGAAACAAUGUUAAUAUAGCAGAAUCUCAAUACCGCCAAGAGCUAGAAGAAGCUAUAACUAUGUGUGGGACAAAUAAUUCAAAAAAUAAGCGAAAGCUAGUGGAUAUCUUAUCUCAGUUUAACGCGACUUCUAAGCGACAAGCUAUGGAACAGGAACGUAACGUUAAUAUAAUUCAAGAGAAUAUAGAAUUUAUAUUAAACGGAUGUAGAGUUAAGCUAAGAAAUAGUUGCUCGGAAGCAACUAUGGUCGCAUAUACCGAAAUUGUUCGUCAUUUAGAACGCUUAGAUCUAGCGACGAUUAAACCAGAAGUUCCUUUAGCAUCUGGUAUUAUUGAUCUCUCCGGAAAUGAAGACCCAUUUGUAAAUUUAUUAUCGUCAAGGUCUAAGCAGAUUUUGAUGCACCAUGAGUUCGGCAAUAAUGAAUUUCCAGGAGAAAUUAAAUUCAUGGUGGACGAUUUCGUAGACACGUAUAAAGAUCUGAGACCUGACUUUGAUCCUGUGUUAAUGCGACCAAUAGCCUUUCCACGAGGAGAAAUGUCUAUUGAAUCCAGACGUAUACUGAUGACGGUUUUUGACUUGUUAGAAGGAUUGCGACAUAUUUGGAGUCUGAGACCAUUAUUAACGGAAGAUGAUUACAGCGAGAACUCAUAUGUAAUUCAUGCUGUAUCAAAGCUUAACACAGUGAAAAAUGAAAUAGUACUUGCUGAGAUUUCACGAUUACUGCCUCAACAAGAUAAAGAAAUUAUUGACUGGAAAAAAUUAGUACGUAUUUGCAAAGAUUGUUUUGAUGAACGAUAUAACGUUUUUUUUGAUGGGAGGGAUGAUACUACCAAUAUAGCCAGAUCGAUAAAUGUUAAGUUAGGGAAAGUUCCUGUUUUAGUUGAUGAAUUUUUAAAGAACGCCCUUAAAAUGAGAUUCGUGGUAGAAAAAAUUAUUGCAAUGUCUGUUGAUGUGAAGGACGAAAUUAGUCUUUUGCCGGUAACUGAAGAUCGGACUCCAUCAACAUCAAUGAUGUUGACAACAUACUCUCCACCAAAAAAUUUUUAG